AUGAAGCUGCUGCUUCCCAAGGUCCCUGCCUUCCUGGACGACCGCGGCGCCGAGUACUUCCGGCAGACGCGCAAGGAGUGGUUCGGCAAGCCGCUCGAGGAGCUGUGCGAUGACCCCGAAGGCGACUGGAAGCGGGUCGGCCAGGAGAUCGCGAUCUUGUCGGACAUGCUCAGCGGCCGCUGGUCCGCGCCUCAGGGCGUGGUGAUUGAGCGCGCUGGGCCGUUCUUCUUGGGCGAUGUACCGUCCUACGCAGACUUCGUCCUGGUCUCCUUCUUCCAGUGGUUCAAGUGCGCCGAUGAACGGUACUUGGAGCGGGUGCUGGCCUUUGGCAAGGAGGACUGCUUCACCAAACUGUGGAACGCCUGUGAGAAGUGGGUGCAUGUUGAACACUAG